AAAAAGAAGUGAAGGAAAUACAAAAGAAAAAGGGAGAUACAAGUCCCGAGUCCGUGCUUUUAAAUCGGGAAUUAUUUUUAAAAAACCGAAAUAUUUUUCGCGCAAACUUGCUCAGAGUUGUCCUGCGCGCGCGGACUGGAGCCCGAGGUGGGAGCAAGCGAGAGAGAGAGAGAGAGAAAAAAUAAAAAAAAUCUCCGGGAUAGUGGACUCCCGCUUCCCUCGCACAGGCGGCCCGGGAAUCACGCGCCAUUGAAAGGGGGGCCGAUAUCUCCUACGUGCAUGCGCGUUUUGGCUUCGCUUUGGCGUGCACGCUCGUGGCCGGUCGAGCGCGAGCACACUUGGAGGCUCGUGGCUCUCGGCCUCCAUUUGCCAGUUGGUGUUCACGUUCGAGGGAUUCACCCGAGGAGGCCCCCGUUGAAACGGCGACGACGACGGCGACGACGACCGCGGAGCAACAGUUGGGAGUCUUUGCCGUAAACGUGGAGGUUAUGUCGCCGUCGUAGGCCACGAGGCGUCCCGGCAACCGAUGACGGAAAAGGCGAAUGAAGCGAGACGGCCGUCGGUGAUGCCCGCCACCGACCCGGAGCCCACAUCGAUGGAGGCCCCCUGCACGUCGGAGGAAGCGGAGCGGCGCUCGGCGAACGCGCCCUCCCGCGCUCCUCUUCCCACGACCGCCUCUUCCUCGACUCCUCUCGAUCCGACCGCCGCGCGACCUGAUCCUUUCCCGAGCGAGGCGACCGCCGAGAACAAAGCCGUCUCUGUGGCGAGCGACGACCGCGGCUCGGCUCUCUCGACGCCCGCCGAAGCGAGCCCGGCCAAGCCGGCCGCGGCGCCGCCCGCCGCCUCCCUGGCGUCCGCGGGGGCGAUCCUCGUCUGCGUGUCGGCGCCGCCCGCCACCCUGUGGCCGUCUACCGCGCACGGCGACGUCAACGUGAAAACCGACUUCCCCGCGGUGCUCACCUUCAAAGGCGUCAGCGUCACCCUGGAGAACAACGGCGUGUGGAAGAAGUUCUACGGCUGCGGGACGGAGAUGAUUCUCACCAGACCGGGCCGCCGCAUGUUCCCGUACUGCAGGUAUCACCUGUCCGGCCUCGAGCCCGAGCGCGAGUACACUCUGGUCCUUUCCGUCGUUCCGGCGGACCAGUACAAGUAUCGCUGGAGCUCCACCAAAUGGGAGCUCACCGCGGCGGCAGAGCACCAGGGCCAGGGUCUGAUCCGGGCCUACUCCCACCACUACUCGCCCAGCUUCGGCUCCGACUGGAUGAGCGGCAUGGUGUCCUUCUCCAGGCUCAAACUGACCAAUCACCCUCAAGACUUCGACGGGCACGUGGUCCUUCACUCCAUGCACCGCUACAUCCCCCGGCUGCACGUGAUACCCGUCCCAAACGGGUCCGCCGCGCCCACGUCCGCCCAGCCGGUGGUUUUGGGACCGGAGAGCAUGACUUUUACUUUCCCUCAAACCGAAUUCAUGGCCGUGACGACCUAUCAGAACUUUCUGAUCACCCAGCUGAAAAUUAAGCACAACCCGUUCGCUAAAGGAUUCAGGGAGGACGGGAACAACCCCCGCCUGCAGCGGGUCGUCGCACCUCUGUUGAUGGCGGACACUCGGCCUUUCAUUAUAACACCCGUUGAACCAAAUGAGAACCCGGAGCAGGUUGUGGAUCUGAGCAUCAAGGCUCCCGCCGUCUCCGAUUCUUUCCCCAGUGAGCUAGCCACCCGACUGGUCCUGAAGCCCAUCAUGUCUACCUCCUCCACCAAGAAUGAAUCAUUCGUCACCUGUUUAAGAGGCAAGCAUGCCCUCGGGGAGCUCAUGCUUGUCGAAAAAUGUCCGCUUGACGAGCCCGAAGAAGAGCCCCGCGAUGCAAUGGGCGUCGCUCCCGCGACCUCACCGCCGACCCCGGAGUCAUCGCCCGGGUCCCAGAAGAAGAGGAAGCGGAUCAAUAGACGUUGGGCCAAUUCGCGGGGAAAAGAGUGGAAACCUGCAGCUACCUCCCCAACGGAAUACCACAGUCCAUCAUUGACUGUCGCUAUGCAACCAGAACUGGAUGAUGUAGAGGGCCUGCUGUUUGUGUCAUUUACCUCAAAGGAAGCUCUUGAGGUUCACGUUGGGGACCAGCCAGCCAAUGGCACGCCAGCGGCCUCUCCAAUUUCCCCAAAGACUCCGAUGCGGUGGAGGGAAGAAGAAAACACAGCGGCGGAUGAGAUCCCGGAGACGGACGAGGAGAAGAUGGCCCUCUCGGAGGCCGUCCUGCUGCAGGACCUCAGGGUCCUCAAACACAGACAGGUCAUCCAUCCUGUGCUGCAGGAGGUGGGCAUGAAGUUGAGCUCCUUGGACCCAGUGAAGUGCAUCGACCUGCAGUAUCUCGGGGUUCAUCUGCCGCUUCCUCCCCCGAAGCUGCCAGAGAAAAGCGAGGCGCUGGAUCUGUCUCCUGGCGAUGAAGGGUUAUCCUUCACGUCCCGGACAGGAAAGACAAGUGACAUGACACAAAUAAAGGGAUGGAGGAACAAGUUCACGAGAAAGACAGAAUCAUCUCCUCCCAUCAGCGACGGAUCCCAGAAGAACCUCUCUGCGUUCAGCAGCAACAUGUUGGACGAGUACUUGGAGAGCGAAGCCCAGUACAUGAACGACCGCGCCGCCGCCUUCUCCACGCGCUCCGAGGACUCCGUGGCCUAUCAGCUGCCGGUGAAGAGCUCCAGCUACGUGAAGACCCUGGACAGCGUGCUCAAGAACCGGAAAGCCGCUUCCAAAUCCCCCUCGCCGGCCAACCGGCCCUGCCCGCUCUCCCACAAGCCCCUCCUCUACUCUGCCCUGGCGGCGCCGGCGCCUCCACUGGCCGGCCCCCAGGCGGCGAGCCCCGUUCAGGCGGCGCCGCGGUCCACCCCGCCGCCCGCGUCUUCAAAGCUGCAGCCGGUAGCGCAGAGAUUAGCCGCAUUCCUCCCAGUGCCCGGCCCAAGACCAGCGACGAGCGGCGGUCAGAGCUACCAGUUGACACAAAGAGCAGGUCUCAACAAGUCCCUGGUCCGGCUGACGGAGAUGGAGUUCGGAGCCCUGAACCAAGGUCUGAUCAGAACUCAGCUGACUACCGACCGACUGUCAGUGGCUCUGGCUGGUUUGCUGACUAAGCAGAUGCUGGCCAGUCAGGUCUGGAAGGUAACCAAGUGUCCCACGUACAAAACGAAGGGACCCGAGUGCGGUCAGGAGUUCUGCACGCUGGGCUGCGUGUGUUCCAGCCUGCAGCACCUCAACAGACCGCCCUUCCACUGCCGGCGGCCGGAGUGCAUGUUCGGCUGCACCUGCUUCAAACGCAAGAUCACCAAGCAGCUGGGCGUGGGCGAGAGGGAGGCGCCGAUCCAACCCGUUUACUCGAUGACUAAUAUAGAACACAGGGUCCAGCCUCACCCGGGCUCCCACGCCAACAAACUGUGGAACCGCAGCACUCACGAAGUGGAUCCAGAACCACUCUUCACCCCCAAGUGUGCUCCAAGUGUGCUCUCCAAGUUGCAACCUGCAAAGGUCACGAAACGCAACACCGGAACUUUUAUAUCCCCACCGCCGAUUCGAGAAGAGGACAAGGACCCGGUGUACAAAUACCUGGAGAGCCUGAUGACGUGUGCACGUGUGAGGGAGUUCAACAGCGAGCCGCCCCCUGAGCUCACCAUCGAGCCCAAUAUCCUUGAUGUCAUUUCUGCACUGAACGCCACAGCGAAACCACAGAAAACGACCCCCGAUGUGGCGCCGAAGACGUCCCCCAUCCCUCUGCCGGUUAAAAAAGAAGUGAGGCCCUCUGAGAGAACCACAUCCGGUGAGAAGGAAGCGAAAAAGCAAAUCGAGAUCCAGUCGGCGUGUCAGUGGGUGAAGGACCGCAAGAUGGUCCUGGAAGCUCUGUGCCAGCGCAUGAAUCAGAACCGUCUGUCUCGGAGCUUCGUUGUUGGACCGUACCGCGUCCGCCCCAUCGCCAAGAUCUUCAUGCGGAAGCCCAGCGGCUCCAUCGUCACCUACAGGUUGCACAUCAGUAAAAAAUCGCAAACCAGCGACGUUGAUGAAGAUGAAUCCGAUGACACCGAUGAGGAAAAGCUGGCCGAUGAAAGCAUCGACGGGGAGGCGGAGGCGGAGGCAGUCGAGGACGAACCCCAAUGUGUAGAGUCCGAUGUGCAGAUUGGAGUCACGCCCUUUUUGAGUGGAGUGUUACCUGCUGGAAGAUUGAAGGCCAGGACCAAACCGGUGGGCUGCCAAGCAUCUGGACUCAUACAGGUAAAUGGUAAAGCCUACAAUCAGGCCCGACUGUUGCUGGGGAACAUGGGAUCUCUACAUCCAGCCAACCGCCUCGCAGCAUUCAUCACGGGCCGACUGAUGCCUCCCGGCGGCAUUUCUCUUAAAGUCUCUCUGAAAUCCAACCCCGCCAACAAAAGCACCGCUCCCGAUCCUCUGCACACGAAGCCCGCUGGCAGGGUCGCCCCUCCGGUUAUAAGCGCAAAGAAAACCACUCAUCUGAAGCCACCAACACAGCCUCCAGCUUGCUUCCUCUGCCUCUUCAGUCCUUCCGGAUCUGCCGGCGCGCCCGCGGCAGAGAAGCUGCCGGUGUUCUGCCCGCCCGGGGCUUCACUCUCAUCGAGCUGCCGCCGCCCGGGCUUUUCGGCACGGAGCCGAGGAUAA